GUGAAAAAGAACGUCUCAUGGCUCUUCCCGGAAGAUGGAGAUGUAGACCGAGCAGGUGUGUUUUUCCGAAAUCUCCUUUGGACAAAAGAGAUCAUGGGCCAAAACACCAAGAGUGAAGCCUCCACAUUUUCAAAGCUUUUGAUGAAACGUACCAAGCAAAACGACCUCUGCAAAGUACCAGCAUGCAUUGCGAGAGCUUGGUUGGUCCACAUGUGGAAAGAUGAGCCUUCCUCGCGUCCAAACCGAGAGAUGGCAGUGAAUUGUGUGGUGCGCUGGCUCGCAGACCCUUGUGAGAUGCAAGGAGUGAAAAAUGCCUGCUUAGGGAUUUUUGGCGAGGAAACGGCUCGCCAAAGUCCUGCCAACGCGGAAAGAUGGAUCGUCUCUCUUCUUUUGCAGGAGGUCUGUCGACAUCAAACGCAGCACUCGCCAGACUUGCAGCAGCUGUUGUGCCUACUGCCUUGUCCACCCAGCCCAUCAUCAGUGAGAUUCUUACUCGGGUCUUCCCAGGACCCAGGCUAUCUUAUGACCCUUUGGGGUUGCUUAUGCAACUGGCUUGCUCAGCAUCCGUGGAUGGUAGGGCAGCCUUGUGAACGUUGGUGCCAGGCAGGACCACCUCCGCUAUAUGCAUUGCUUCGUGCAAUGCUUGUGGCCUUCUCCCAGUUUCCGGACUCCAGGAAUUUAUGCUCCUCAGCCAUUGUGGCUUAG